AUGUCGCACGACGUAAAAGAGGAAAAUGGCUGUUCGGGCAUAAUUCGUCACGACGAAAAUUACAUCGAAACGACGGUGAUGCAUCCUGGCAACUUGUAUAUCACGAGAAAGUGGUCCGAGUGUUCGAAGGACUCGCUGAAAUUGUACAUCGAAGCAGAUUUAGGAUUCUGCUUGGAGGACAAGCAGCAAAAUUACGAGUUCCCCAGCACGGAACUUCUUCCAGGAGUGAUGUACAACGCGGAUGACCAGUGUCGAAUAGAGUACGGUCUCGAGGCACGCCACUGCGAUCUGGAAGUGAAGUGCGAGAGCCUGAGGUGCGCCAUUCCGGGAAAGGGUUGCGUGUCUACGAUGGAACCAGUGGCUGACGGCACACGCUGCGGGGAGAACAGGUGGUGUUACGGGAUGAAAUGCCUGCUGGUCGGGGAACGACCUGGUGUCGUGGACGGUGGUUGGAGCAAUUGGUCACCUUGGAGUCGAUGCUCCCGUACCUGCGGUUCCGGCGUCACACUCUCGGUCAGGCGAUGCGUCAAUCCUGUCCCAUCCGAUGGUGGCGCUUUCUGCAGGGGCGACAGGAAACGUCACAAAAUAUGCGCCACUGAGCCGUGCGACGUGGAAGCCCCCUCGUUCCGCGAUGUCCAGUGCAGCGGGUACAACAACUGGGUCUUCCCAGAAGACGGGAAACUUCACCAAUGGUCCGAGUACAAGCUGCCCGAGGAUCUGAGAAUAUCGGAGAACCCGUGCACGCUUUACUGCGUGAACGAGAAGAACGUGGUCGCCUCUCUGAGCCCAAGGGUCGUGGACGGCACCACGUGCUACAGGGGCAUACGGGACAUCUGCAUCGGCGGCACAUGCCGCGAGAUACCCUGCGAUCUCAACAUGGAGUCGAACGCCGUGGAGGACGCGUGCGGCGUGUGCAAGGGUAAUGGGACCUCGUGCAGCCUGAAGGGAGACACGAUAACGAUCGUGCAAGCGGCCCGCCCGACGAAGUUGCUCGAGAUACCUGUCGACGCGACCAACAUCCGUGUGGAGGAGUUGGAGCCCUCGAAAUCCAGGAUAAUGGUGUGGAGCAAGGACGAGAAGCCGUUAAUUCAUGGGGAUCGUUUAGGAUUGUUCGAGGUGGCUGGCAUAAAGGCGUGGUUAGGGGCGAUAAGAUUGAACCAGGAGACUCUCGUCAUACCAGGACCCAUCGUCGAGGAGUUGAUUGUAAUGAUUCUGCCGAAAGGGAACGUGACGGUGAGGUAUUCGUACGGCGUGAAAGAGAAGAGCCCUCGUAAGCCCGAGUUCUCGUGGAACUUUCUCGACUGGGAAGAGUGCAACGCGAAUUGCGGGCCGGGCGAGCAGAUCUCCAAGCCCCGUUGCCUCGAGAAACACGCGGGCAUAGUGGAUGACACUUUCUGCAAAAGCAUGGCCAGGCCGCAGGAAAAAGUGAGACCCUGUUAUCGGGCACCCUGUAUCCCCAGAUGGAUGAUCGGUGAUUGGCAAGGGUGCACGUCCUGCACGUUCCGUUGCGAGAACACGCGAUCCGUGAAAUGCGUACGCCCCGUCGGCCAUUCUGAGCAGGAUGUGGAUAUUAUCGCCGACAGCUACUGCGAAGGGCCGAAGCCGAAGGAACGGGAGCCCUGCGCCGGCCGGGAGAAACGCAACAACGUUCAAACGCGACGCUCGAAGCGGUGGAAAAGUAUAUCUAUCCUUGAGGAGGAGGAGGAACGAAGAGAAGAAGAGGAGGAAGAAAGAGAAGAGGAAGAAAGAGAGGAAGAAAAGGAAGAAGAAGAGUAUAAAUCGAGCAUUCAAAAGUUAAAGAAGGGCGAACAGGUGAUCGACAGCAAGGAUAUCAGUAAUUUAACACUCACCAUCAUUUUGGAACACGACGCGACCGGUACGUUGAUCUUUCCCAAGGAUUUUGUCCCCCAACCACCGCCCAACAGCACCGUGUUUACAUUGGUUGGAAUGGACGCGGUCAAGUACAUUCAAAAAAUUCAAGAAGACGCCGUGACCGCUUCCAAACAACGUUCUUAG